UGUGUGAUUCCAGAGUCUUCAUCAUCAUCAUCUUCAUCAUCAUCAGUAAUGGUCAGAAGUUAAUGGUAAGCUGCUAGUAAUGAGCUGGUUCACCUGAGCUGCGGGUCACCUGUGUUCGGGUGUGUGUGAGGAAGACGUCGAUGGUGAUGUCGGUGAUGAUGGUCCCCGGUGAGCUCCAGUGCGCAUGCGCAGUGCGGUGACGCCGCGGUGCGUGUGUGUGUGUGUGUGCGCGCGAGCGAGCGGCACAAUCUGGCAGCGAGGCGGCGGAGCGGCACGGGGAGGGUGCGAGCGACAAGAGCAAGAGGGUUUCCCAGGAUUAUCCGAGUGAAUUACCGGACGAACCGCCCGGAAGAGCCGCGGUGCGAAUUAACAGCGAGACCCGCUGCGGUCAUGUCUGAGGAGGCGGUGCGGCGGACGCGCAGUCAGAAGCGCGCACUGGAGAGGGAGUCUCUGCCCGCGGACAGCAAGCGUCUGAAGCUGGAUGGCGUCGAGCGGUCCAGAGCCUCCAGCAUCCUGAGCGGCGGAGAGGUGAAGGCCACCAUCAAAGUGGAGCUCCAGACGAGAGACGAGCCCAUGGACGUGAGCGCCGGCAACACUGAGAUGAAGAGAGAGAGGAGGUCUUCGUCGCCUGAUGAUGUCAUCGUGCUGUCCGACGAGGCGCCCAGUCCGCAGGUGAACGGCGGGAAUCACUUAAAAGAGCUGGACGCGGAUCUGCUGAUGAGGAGUUCUGCAGAGGAGCGCAAGCGUGUCGUUAAGCAGCUGAAGGAGGAGCUGCGCUUAGAGGAGGCCAAACUGAUCCUGCUGAAGAAAAUCAGACACAGUCAAAUAAACAAAGACUCCAGCGGACAGAAGCCGGCGGUUUCUGUGUCCAACACUCCUCUGGUGAAGAGCUCUGCUACUGCUAAAGCUGCACAACCUCAGGUGGUUUCCGCUCGGGCUUCUGGGACGGUGAUUCCUCCUCCGCUGGUGCGCGGCGGUCAGGUGUCCAAACAGGGCUCUGCGAGCGCUCAGAUCAUCAUGCCUCCGCUGGUCAGAGGAGCUCAGUCGAUCUCCGUGUCGCCGCAGCAGAUCUCCAGCCUGAGACAGCAGCAGAACUCCACGUCAGGUCCUCCUCCGCUCCUGCUCGCGCCCAGAGCCACUGUGACCAGCGUCCAGGGACACAAGAUCAUCCAGCCCGGCCUCAUACGCAUGACCACCAUCCCCAGCGCCAGCCUGCUGGUCAGCAUCAAUCAGGCCGCAGGCGCAAACCUCAAGUCCUCCAGCGCUGCGUCGAACGCUAGCGAAUCUCCGGCCAGCCGUCAGGCGGCGGCGAAACUGGCGCUGCGCAAACAGCUGGAGAAAGCGCUGCUGGAGAUCCCACCGCCCAAACCGCCCGCGCCAGAGUUCAACUUCCUGCCUUCGGCCGCCAAUAACGAGUUCAUCUACCUGCUGGGGCUGGAGGAGGUGGUGCAGAACCUGCUGGAGUCUCUGGGCCGAGGUAAACAGGGUCUGUACGCCGGUUUAGUGGUCAGCGCUGGAGAGCCGUCCUGCUGCUCUCAGUGUAAGACGGACUUCACCUGCCGCUGGCGCAAAGACAAGGGCGGAGCCACGAUGUGUGAGCAGUGCAUGUCGUCCAAUCACAAGAAGGUCCUGAAGGCCGAGCACACCAAUCGGCUGAAGGCGGCGUUCGUGAAGGCGCUUCAGCAGGAGCAGGAGAUCGAGCAGCGCAUCCUGCAGCAGUCCACGCCCCCUGCCUCUUCAUCAUCAUCAUCAUCCUCCUCUGCUCACGGGGUGAAACAGCGCUCGCUGCAGCAGACGAUGAGCCGCCACCCUACAGCCAUCAAACAGGUUUCUCCGUCGUCCCGUAGCGUGCAGCAGUCCGCGGCCGGGAUACGCGCCGUCCCGCACUCCUUCUCGCCCUCCUCUCAACUGCAGAACGCAGUGGCGGCCGCCGCACUGGUCAACAGGCCAGGUAAGCAUGCAGUGCGUCAGGGGUCAAAGGUCAGCAGAGGCAGCAGCAGGAGCUCCGACCCCACGACCUCCUCCGGCUGGAGGAAGCAGAGCCGCGGCGCAGCAGGUGUGACGAUGGCCUAUGUGAACCCCAGCCUGUCGGUGCACAAGACGUCGUCAUCAGCGGUGGAGCGUCACAGAGAGUAUCUGCUCGACAUGAUCCCGUCUCGCUCCGUCUCACAGCCCACAAACACCUGGAAGUAAGGAAGUGAAGCUCCGGGUUCAGUCUGGGAUUCAGGACGCGUUCACGCCGGAGCGCUGAGCCGCUUCUCCAGGUUUAUUCAUCCAAGGGCUCUUCACUCUCACGGGUGAGUUUGUACUGAACCGCGGCAGAAUCACAUCUGAACCGGACCGAUCCGGAUCACUUCUGCUCCCGCAAAUAUAAAAGACUCUUUCAGAACAAGAGGAAAAGACUGAAAACAAACCAAAAACAUCACGGAACAAACUGAUGGAUGCAAACGAGGCGCGUUCAGGGUUUGUGUUUGUGUGUGUGUUUAUUUUUUAUUUAGAUUUCUUUGACUGUUAAAUUAUAUGAGUGUGUUGAAGGAUGUUUGUCGUCACACGUUUGACCCAAACACGCAUCUAUGAUUUGUAUUGUUUUAAUUGUCACAACUCAUAGUUGACUCUUUUUUCUAAAUUAAUUAGUUUUCCGAGUUUUGAGUCAGUUGAAGUAUCAAACUUUUGUUCAUAUUUUUGCAGUCAGUGAGGAUUAUAUUGUGGAUUCUCUCUCUAUAUAUAUAUAAAUAUAAAACAGUUGCUUCAAAUAGUUUCUGAGAUGAUUCCAUUAAUAACUGCUUUAAUUAAAAGAUCAUUGGUAUCCUCAUAUUAUUAUUUGAUGAGCUGCUGAUUAUUUGUGUUUAUGAGUCAAACACAUGUGGGCUUCAUUUAACAUCUAAUGAUGAUGAAGAAUGUCCAGCUCUGAUUGGUUAAUCUGUGCACACUAAACCUCAAAGCAUUAUUCCUAUAGGCCCGUGAGGUUUCAGUUUAAAUAUUCAUGAUGUUCCCGCCCACUGAACAGAUGAUGUCACCAAAGCGUUUGUCAAUUUGUUUUGUUUUCAGGGUUACGAACAGACACAGAGUGACGCAUUUCCUGCAACAUGUACAAAGUUACAGUUUGUUAGAUUGAUCUUUGUUCCUGUAAUAAAAAGUUUAACCCUUUCA